GUUUAUUUUGUAAACAUUUUAUAGAUUACUUACUAGUUCAUCAUUCAUGUGGAUUGUAAUUUGUAUCUAAGUUUUGGCUCCAUUUAUUCAGAAUUUAAAUUUCGAUUAACCAUUUAGAUCGAAAAAGUAUUACGAAUUUCCUGUACUCUGUAAGCUACAAACCAAAAAUGUUUAUUCAACAUGCAUGUAUUGAAUUUGAAAUUUAUGUGUUGUCAUGUCAAGUUUAUGUAACAUUUUCAAACAAGAUACCUGAAGUCAAUCAAAUUGAAGUUGAAGCCAAAACGAUUAAAAUAACAAUUGCCAACAAAGUACAUUUAUUAGAAAUUGAAGAGUACACAUUUGAAAAGAAUAGUUUUAGAGAAAUCCAAGUUCAAAACAAUAAAUUAAUAUUCCGGGCUCAAUUAGCUUGCAGUCCUUCAACUGAGGCUUCGUGUUUUACUUUUGUUUCAAAUAAAAUGCCUAGUUUAAAAACUGCUGAAAAAGUUUUAAUAUCAUGUAGUGGUUGUAAAACAUUGCUAUCUGACCAACCAUUUAGUUUUUACAGAGUUUUACCAGUGGAGUUGUGGGAGGUAGAUACUAAUAUGUUUUGUCAUGGAGGUACAGAAAACUUGAUAUUUCAACCACAAGAAAACGACUGCUAUUAUGACAAAAUAUCGUUGUACAUAAAGAACAAGUUGUGGAGGUCUCACAAAAUAGUAAUAUGUAAUAAUUGUAAUUUAUGUUUGGGUAUUGGUAUAGAAUAUGGAGUAAGAUUUUGGUUGGACUCUAUAAUUCUAAAAUACGACUGUGAUGAUGUACAAAUGAAUGUUAGUUCAUUUGACUGUUUUGCUGUUACCAUGGAUAACAUUAUCAAAGCAAUGCUUGGACCCAUAUCCCAUGUGAUUAUCGAGUACAGAGAUUCAAAAAAUUGUAGCCAAUUUCUUUCAAUGAAAGUCAUUAAAAAAUGUGAAAUCGCAGUUUGCAUAAAUUCUAGCGAAAAAAAUGUUUUGAAAUUAACUAGAAAAAAUUGUUCAAGUAUAAUUUGGCAUACAUCAAGCGAGUUUAUUGAAGAAUGGAAGAACAAUUUUUUAGUAACUGAAAUACAAGUAUCUGAAAGAAUGUAUCAAUGUGCAGUUUCAUAUUUAACUUUUAUCAAUCAAACAUUUUUAUCAAAUAAUAAUUAUUCAGGAAAAGAAAAACCCCUAAAAUCGUAUAUGUUUGAAGAAAAUAUGUUAAAUGCAUUUAAUAUUAAAAAUAUAUGUAUGUAAUUUUCAUGUACAAUA